AUGAAUGAAGGGCUGGCCCGCCCCCCCGCGGCGGCGGCUGGGCGGGCAGCCCGGAACACCUGGGGCAGCGCGACGGCCAAUGGGAAGCGGCCCCCGGGGCCGGGCAGCCAAUGGGAGGGCGGCGCGGCUCCCGGCCGCGAGGCUAUAAAAGGGGCGGCCGCGGCGGAAAGCGAAAGUGGUGGCGGAGCCCCCCGGCCGAGGAGGAGGAUGCUCCGAGCCCGGGACCCGCUCCCGUCCCCUUCCCCGUCCCGGCGGGCGGAGGGCGGCCGGGACCCGGGGCGUCCCCCCGGGGCGGCGGCGGCGGCGUCCGGGCUUGGCCCCCGGCCCACGGCGCUGCCCGCCCCCAAGCCGCUCACCUCCUUCCUCAUCCAGGACAUCCUCGGGGACGGCGCGGGGCCGGAGGAGCCGGGCCCCUCCGAGGGGCUGCCCGCGACCCCGGACCCCGACAGGCCCGCGGACGCAGAUACCCACUUGGAGACUUAUCUGUUGGACUGUGAGAACACUCCAAGCGCCUUCCCAGGCCUCCCCAAAACCCAGAAGCAGCAGAAACGGUCGCGGGCCGCCUUCUCCCACACUCAAGUCAUCGAGUUAGAGAGGAAGUUCAGUCAUCAGAAGUACCUGUCGGCCCCCGAGAGAGCCCACCUAGCCAAGAACCUCAAACUCACUGAAACACAAGUGAAAAUAUGGUUCCAGAACAGACGGUACAAGACCAAGAGAAAGCAGCUCACCUCUGACCUCGGAGACCUCGAUCCGAACUCGACCCUGCCAGGUCUUAAAGAAGAGUCCUUGUCCAGGGCCGCGCUGAUCUCCAUGUAUAACAGCUGCCCCUACUACCCCUACUUCUACUGCUUGGGAGGCUGGAGUCCCGCUUUCUGGUAACCGCAAUUAAGUGGUGACUGAUGGACUUGCCACCCCUGCUUCGUGCUUCAAAAGUCAAGGACGGGUGGAGGGGGCAGAGGGAUGUCAUACGCGCAGGGAAGGUUGUAAGCAGAAGACACUGGCGGAUUAGCUGAAUCUGUGAUGCUGUAUAUUUAAUAUUUAAAUACUUGAUUCGUCCAACAGGGCAGGUUAGAAAUUGAAGACUGCAUCUGGUGUGUUCUUUAGUGAGGUUUAAACUCAUGUUGCUCCGUUUCAUUUUGAAAAAUAAUAUUUAGUGUUUCCAGAACUGGGUUUUCCUGGUCGAGAGUUAGCUAGCAUCAUACUCUGAUUUCUCUGUGUUCUGUUUCUCCAGCCUAAGCUCCAGUGUAAAUUAUAACUCUCACAUUUUGUGGAUGUUCUGCAGUUUGGAUUAAUAUCUAGAAAGUCUUCUAUUAGGCAUGUAAGUUUUCCCAGAAUGACUGGAAGUGUGAAUAAUGUUCCCUCCCCACCCUGAGGGAGCCCAAAUGUCCUGCUUUUAGUCCCAGAAUUAAACAGGAGCAGGACAUUGUUGGGCUGAUGGAAAUUGGGAGGGGUUUUUUUCUAUGUUUUUUAUAGACCUCAGACCUAGAACUUAAAGUGGCCUAAUUAAAAUUAGCUUCAUUCAAAAUGAUCAAUUUUUUUUUCUGAUUUUGCGUGAUGCUAUAGCACCUCAUUCUUUAUUCUUGACACAUAUCUCUGGUCUAGUUUUAAUCUUUGUCAGACUAUUAUCAGCUCUGUAGAAUUUAGCCGGUAAAAGACAACCACCCCCCUGUCUUUUGCAGCCCAACUGCCUUAUUUCACAGAAGUAGAAGGAAUUAGCUGUCUUUUCAUCCCUCUAAAACUUAGAUAGGUCCAAACCCUGAAAUAUUAGCGUGAACAGUGCUUUGCACAUAGUAAGCGCUUAAUAAAUGCCAUUAUUAUUAUCUGUGGAACAAUUAGCACUUUUUCAUGCUUUUAAAAAAUGAUCUGAAUCCUGUUAAUAGUGAAGCUUAAUCUGACCUGGGAAAGUGAUAUUAUUUUGUUUCUGAACCUUUAUACAUUAUACAUUUUAUUUAAAGAAAUGGAACACCACAGUGGCUGCUACACAGAGACAGUCUAUAAAACAGUUCCUAAAUGAAUCAGCAACAAGACUUUUGGAGGGAAAGGAACAGGAGUGGAAGGCAAUAGAUAAGGAGAAAUUCACCAGCUCUGUGAUGUCUGCUAUAAGGUGACUCGGUAGGUUAGACAUCCAAACACAUUUUCUAGUUGGUAACUACAGGUUUCAAACAAGGGGUCAUUUAGUUUGGAAGUUUUCCCACUUCCCAACUUCCCUCCUAGAAACAGGGCUCAUUUGCAAGCUCUGCAAGCAAGACUGCCACAAGAUGAUGGGUGGUUGAGCCACUUGACAACAUUGCUGAAGCCUUGGGGGAGGAACAAAAUGAGUUCCAACCCUUCUCCAAAUGUCACAUUCAUUCCCAUAAUAUGAUUGGCUUUAACUGUGUACCUGUUAAAAUUGCUCCUUGAUCUUUCUAUAUCCAUUCUUUGAUAGACUCCUACCCUUCUUCCAAAUUUAAUUCUUAAUUUGGGAAUUAUGAAAUUCUGAACAUUCUAUCAUGAUUAAUGUUGGAAACAAUUUUUUCAACCCCCCCCCCCCCCCCCGAAAGAAACCCUCCAAAAACAAUAAUCAGCACAUGGUGUUCUUGACUCCCUCUAAAAUGCCCUUAAUCUAAAUCUGUGAAAACACUAUUUUGCAGUGAUUAACAGUAUCAAAAAAGUCACAAAGGCUGUCCCAUUGAAUACUUCAUUUAAGAAAGCCUGUUUCAAUCCAGUUCACCAAGGUUUUUGUUUUUUUUUUUCAAAAAAUGUAAGUCUUAUUGCCCCACUUUAACAAAUUGCCUGGUUUUAAAUUUUAGUGGUAGACAGCGUGUUCCUGGGUCAGGGUUUCAUACACAGUAGAGCAGCAACUGUGCUGUGAUCUAGUGAAAGUCAGUUCUUGACACGACUAAGCCCAAUAUGAAAUGUUAUUUUUCUAUGUAUAUUUUGAUAAUUUUCAAUUUUUUUGAAUAAAGUGCUCUGUAUUAAAAGUGA